GGGCAGAAGAAGUAAAAAGAGAAGGUCUAGUAGUGGAAAUGAAAGUGAUGAAUCUGAUGCUAGUGAAUCUUCAAAAGGUCUCAUUAAUACAAAGAAAUCUGAAAAUGAUGAGACAAAGGAAGACAAAUCUCUAGUGCAUGAUGCAUGAUGAAAUCAACAGUGAGAUGAACCAAGAACUAUUAAAAUUUAAGGAAAUGAUGGAAUCCCGAAAAAAAUCUACUCUGGAAGAUGAAGCUCCGGUGGGGCCUCAGCCUCUACCUAGGGCUGAAGGACAUAUAAGCUACAGAGGAGCACUUCGGCCUGGUGAAGGUGAUGCCAUUGCACAAUAUGUUCAACAGGGAAAGCAGGAUAAGUGGUUCUUUGCAAAGGAUAUUCAGAAAUUUGAGACGCUUGGUUAUGUGAUGAGUGAUAGCCAGCACCAAAGGAUGAAUGUCAUUCGUAUCAAGAAGGAAAACCAGGUUUACAAUGCAGAAGAUAAACGUGCUCUGGCCAUGUUCAAUUACGAGGAGAAAUCAAAUCGAGAGCAGAAGGUUAUGGUGGACUUAAAGAGGCUGGUGGAUCGUCACAUUGGGCAGGACACUGGUUCCUCUCACGACCCUUUUGGUGGUGGGGAUACUUAGCAAUCAUGCAUUUUGGUAUUCAUAAACAAAAUUUAAAAUAAAAAUAUGCUUUUGUUGU